AUGUUACGAUCUUUGUUUAUAUUCUUCUUCUAUCACAUAAAAGUCGCUUGUGCCGCUCUUUGCCUUGUUGCUGACAGUAAAUUUGGACAUGGUUGCGUAACGUACAAUUCAUACGCAUACAAUACUCGGCAAUACUUCUCCUCCUAUAGUCCUUAUUCCUAUAGUUAUUCUUAUGGAAGAUCACCGUAUUACUACGCACGACAACCGUACUAUACCUAUCGUCAAUCACCUUCUUAUGCUUGGCAACAAAAUCAGUACUACUACCGGGGAUAUCCACAACAAUUCUAUUCUAGCUACUAUAAUCCAUAUUCUCAACCUUACAUGACCAGCUAUAAUUACGGCUAUGCUAGAGAUCAUUCGUACAGUUACAGUGGUGCAACACGAGAUCAAUGGGGUAACACCUAUGUGGGAAACAGGAACAAUCUUAUCUGGAUCACAUGCAGAACACGAUAUUGUUCUGGAUAA